CUUAAAUUUAAAUUAUACAUGGUCCUUUUCCUUUUUAUUCUUUAACAUUCUACCCGUUCACUUGCAAUAACGUUUAGUUUUUAAUUGAAGUGAAGGAGAAAAUUGUUCUUUGUAUAAUAAAAAAAUGUCUUUAUUUUAUGUAAUGGUUCAGUAGUGGGUUCAGAUUAGUAGAUUAGUAACAAGUUUUCCUGGUUAUACUUUAGUGUUUUAAUAUUGGCCAAACUGCAAUUAUUAUGCCAUUCCUGUCAAAAAAACAAGUUAGCCAAUGCUUCGGAAUUCAGACUAUAAAGUAACUAAAUUAAAAUUAAUAAAAUAUUAUUCAGUUAAAAUCUACAGACAAAAAUUAAUACAAUAUUGAAUAAAGGAGUUUUUAAACAAUAAAAAUACUUUUCAGUAAAAUAGAUUCCAGGUUAUUUUUAAACAAAAAUUAGAUUUCAGUCUGGCAACAUCGCUGACAUUAUAUAAAGAAGUUAGACAGCGCAUGCUCAUCAUGAAAUGCGCAAACUCCAAUCUGUUUUAUAGCCAAUCGUUUCCCUUCCAUUAGACGUUUGCAGUUCUGAAACGUUCGCGUAGUUCACUACACUGUUCUUUGGCUUGAAGGUAGCGGACGAAUUAAAAUAAUAAAUAAAGAUGUUUGCCUGUGCAAGACUGAUUGCCCCUGCUACCAGAAGCGCACUCAUCUCCAACACAAAACAAUAUUUAAGGCCUCUGAGCAGUGUAGUAAGUCAAAGUCAAAUACAGGUACAGAAUGUCCAACAACAUAAACAGUCAGCUCUCCUUCCUGCUGUCCGCAGUUUCCAAACUACCCCAGUAAGCAGAGAUAUUGACUCAGCUGCUAAAUUCAUUGGUGCUGGUGCUGCCACAGUAGGAGUAGCAGGAUCAGGAGCUGGUAUUGGAACGGUGUUUGGUUCCCUCAUCAUCGGUUACGCCAGAAACCCUAGCCUAAAACAACAGCUCUUCUCAUACGCCAUCUUAGGUUUCGCAUUGUCUGAGGCUAUGGGUCUUUUCUGUCUUAUGAUGGCGUUCUUGUUGUUGUUCGCCUUCUAAGUUUAAAGCCAUUGUUGGCAAACGUCACCAUCUAUUCCACCAAUCGUUACGUCAACAUCAUUGUAACUCAUUUAUUUUACUUAAAUAAAAUUCAAUAGGACUUUUUUGAUUUGUGAGUGCUCUAUAUGGAUAUGUGGCCGAUUUUGUACGUGUAUUCUUUUACCAUCAAGAGAAUUUGGG